AUGGCCACGACAAUGCGCGGAUCACCCGAUAUGGCGAAUGGUUCCAAUCCUCCUCACAUUGCCAACGGGGCGCGAAGAGCCCCCGGAAGCCGCAAAAACAGAGCCGCCAACCCCUCGGACGAGAACUAUGAAUACAAGGAGCAAGAGGACCCAAACACAUCACACAGGAGCACAAAAGGCCUCGGUGCAUCGGGAUUGGGCAGGUCAUUUUCAACAAGAUCCCAAGAUUAUCCCGAGGGAAAUCUGAACUAUACCACCAGCAAGCCAGUCCCUCCAUCGGCUUUAGAGGAACUAGACAAUUCCACGACACCACGCAACCUUCCCACUGAAGACUAUCCCUCAGGUUCUAGCGCAGACAUGCCACAGAUCCAGCGGCCAGUAUCACCGCCUGCUCAAGGCUUGGGUCCCCCUCCGAGUCGGUCAAACACCACACGUUCGACCAAGAAUGUACGAAAAGAUUGGGCAUCGGACCGAUCACCUCUCCAGAAGCUGGAAGUGACCUUGACCGGAAUCAGCAAAGAAGAGAAGCGUGCACGGGUACAAGAAGCAGAGAUGAAAGCCCGGGAACGGAUUGCGCGCCAGAAAGCCGAAAAGGAGAAAGCCGAAUCAAUGGCCGCAGUGGCUCGCGAAGCAUCAGCACAACGUCCGCAGCCAGAAACGAAACCAGUUCCUGGCCCAGGCAGGAGGGGAGAGCACAGAGAUAUCCUGGUUGAGGACUCCAUGCGCGAUGAAUCUGCUGCUGCUGCAGCAGCACCACCAGCACCACGGCAAACUGGAAGCACUGCCAUGCGUCACAGUCGAACGGUCUCUUCAACUCCUCAGUACGCAGAAAUCCGCCGCCUUGAAGACCCCCAAUAUGCCCGCGCAGAAGCUGCUAUCCCAGCAUCAGCGAAGAUGGGGAAUGCGCCCAGGCGAUCAGUCACAGUGAGCGGGCCUGCAGCAAAGCCAGCUCCUGCCAAAAGCAUGGGUCCCAGCCGCUCCAUGUCCCAAGCAGAUCCUCGACCAAUGCCACCUACUCUCAGAGCAGAAAGAACGGACGAGCUUCUCACAGCACCUGAAACGCCUCAGGAGAGCGCCGAGUCACAGACCAAGCCGAAGAAGGCAUCUGUAUCCUUUGACGUCCCGCCACCUACACCCCCGCCCAUCUUCGAAUGGAGGAAUGCACAGCCUGGUCGGCUUGAAGCGUCAGACUUUGACUUCCAACAUGUUGAUAUGGACCGUGGUAAGGCUUGGUGGGAAGGUGGUGGUAGCAAAGAUCGCAGGAAGAGCAGGGCUCUUCCUAAGAACUACCAGACUCCUGCUCAGAAGUUGACAGGAGUAACUGGACACAAGAGCUUUGAACCUCGUCUCUUCUUGCGUUGCGGUCCUUUGCUUCGAUACACUGGUAUCAAUCGAGUUCCAAUAGAUGGGGCCAGCGGUCCUAUCUACAAGGACCUCUGGCGAGGCUCUAUAAUGAUAGUGACCAAAGAUUCUCGCUCCUCCUAUGAAACCCCACCAACACUACGACUCUUCUCUCAACCAAUGGACCUUCUUCCCCCUCCACCAGUGGAAAUCAGUCGCGAGGACGGAGUCCAACUAGCUCCCGAAUACGUCGACCCAACCGCCGGUCUCAUGAAGGUCGGCCGGGACGGACGGCCCCUUUACGUCAAGCCAGUCGAACAUGUCGAAGAGCAAGUCGACCUCUCAUUCGUCGAAAACGACGACGGCAUCUACGAGCUCUCACCCAGUCUGAUCGACUACACUACCGAAGGCAUGAAACAAGCAAUCCCAUCCAACCGAAUGCAUCCUGUCGACGGCGAGACAGCAGGUUUGCACCGGGACAUCCCGGGGGUGCGUCUAUACGUCGAUACCGCAAGAAAUGUAACAUUCUGGCGAUUCAACGUAGAAGUCGAGCUAAGCGCAACCCAACAACGAAUCGCCUACCGCAUCAACCAAGGCCCAGCCCUAGGAUUCUGGGUCCCUCCCGCAGGAGAAUCCAUGAACAUAAUGUUCCACAGUGGUAAUGGAUUCAGUCCAUCCGCAGACUCAGAUCGCGUCUGCGGUCCUGAUCCUUUGUGGCGAGAUAUCCUGAACGAGCACCAGACCCGUCCGUUCCAUGUUAUGAUUGGUGGCGGUGAUCAGAUCUUCAAUGACGCCGUUAUCACUGAGUCUGCUUUUUUCCAGGAAUGGAUUAAGAUUAAAAAUGCUGCUGAGAGAUAUGGUGCGCCGUUUACACCUGAGUUCCGUGCUGAAAUUGAGCAGUUCUAUCUUGAGCGCUACGCUGCGUGGUUUUCGCAAGGUCUCUUUUCUUUGGCCAGCUCUCAGAUCCCUAUGGUUAAUAUUUGGAAUGAUCAUGAGAUCUUUGAAGGGUUUGGGUCUUAUCAUGAUGAUUUCAUGCAGAGUUCUGUUAUUUCUGGGCUUGGGAAGAUUGCUUUUAAGUAUUAUUUGCUUUUCCAGCAUCACAGUGUCCCUGAUGAGACGGAGGUGGAUGAGCCUAGUUGGCUUCUUGGUGCGCAUCCUGGUCCAUAUAUUGAGCAGAGGAGCAGGAAUCUGUUCAUGUCUCUUGGUCGGGGUGUUGCGUUCUUGGGUCUUGACUGCCGUACUGAGCGGCGGAGCAAUGAGGUCCUCAGUGAAGAGACGUGCGAUCUGUUGUGGGAUCGGUGCCACAGGGAGAUUAUGAAGGGUGAGACAAAGCAUUUGAUCGUGCUUUCGAGUGUUCCUGUUGCCUACCCUCGAGUGGCGAUGCUCAAGAGUUACAUGAACAGCCGCAAAUCCCUUGGCAAGUCUGGUGUUCUUGGUGGCCUUGUCAAUCGAUCUGGUGGAAAUGUGGAGGUCUUCGAUGAUCAUUGGGCUGGCAAGCAUCUGAAGUCUGAAAGAACCUGGUUGGUCGAGGAUCUCCAGGAUUUGGCUGCGGAGAAGUCAAUCCGGGUUACGAUUCUAAGUGGUGACGUCCACCUCGCUGCUAUUGGGCAGUUCUACUCGAACCCUAAGUUGGAUGUCGCCAAAGACCAGGAUUACCGCUACAUGCCAAAUGUCAUCUCCUCUGCCAUUGCAGAUAUCCCCGAAACUGAUCUUAUUUCGGACAUGCUGAACAAGCGGAACACAGUCCACCACAUGGACUCAAACACAGACGAGGACGUCAUUCCCAUAUUCACCGAAGAUGUGAAUGGCAAGCCUCGAAACAACAAGCGGCUCCUCCCUCGUCGAAACUGGUGCUCAAUCCGCGAGUAUCAACCUGGCUCUACUCCGCCCGAUACGCCCGAGUCAGAGAUGACAGAAACCCCAGAGCCCCGUGCUGGCAUGCUACAGCGGACUCUAUCGCUGGGCCGAGGAGACAAGGGAACCACCGGACCCGGAAAGCCAGGUCUUCUCAGACGACUCUCGAACCGCGGACCACCACCCACACGAACAAUGAGCUUCAACCGCGGCGACGAAGACGCCUUCAACCGCCGUGCCAGCGUGGAUAACCACUCCCAACCAGUCGAAAGCGGAGACAGCUACUUUCCCCCAGCAGCAGCACCACCACCAAGACCAGGAACCUUCCACCGAAGACCAACAAACCUGAGCCAGAAAGCCGCAAAGAAAGCCGCGAAAGCAGGCCACGAUGGCGCAGGCGCCUUCAUCAACCUCGAAGGCGGGCUAGCCAUAACCCUAAACCUAGAAAUCAGCCCAGCAGACCCAGCCGGCAUAACAGCACCGUAUAAACUACUCGUACCAGCACUACGCUACAACGGCACCGAAUACGACCCCCCACCAACACAGAUCGUCAAGGGCUGGCGAAAAUUCCUCCCACGACGAAACAAGCGCGACGCCGAGAAACGUGCUAACGGCGACGCUGAAGAUAAUCUCAGCGAUGACGAUGAACAAGAUGAUUACGAGGACCCCGACCUUAUCAAUAAUACCCGCGCCAAUGCUGUCACUAGUCAUCCACAGUACGAGGGAUAUCCUGGGAGUGAGGAGGAUUCUGAGGGCGAGGUUCCUCAGCGAUUGCCGCCGCAUAUGAUGGCUGCACAGCAUUCGCGUUCGCCUGAGUAUGAGGUGGAGCAGGAGCAGGAGCAGGAUCGUCCCAGGAAGAAGAAGUGGUUUGGGGUGAUCUAA